CCCAGAGGAGAGCACAUUCCGCAGGAAAGUAACUGUCUCAUCAGCUAAGUAGCAAACAGCAGUCAUCAGAAAAAGAAAGUUAAAUAACAAUAAUGUAUUUUUUCUUUAAGGAGUUCACCAUUUGAAAACAAUUUAUGAGUUAAUUUCGUAAUUAUCAGCUUUUAGAUUUGCUCAGCUUGAAGACCUGAAAUUAUAUGAAGUCAACUUUUUCCCCUCUCCUGAGCAGCUGGGGAGCUGAGUGCGGGAGUGUGAGCGCCGCCUGACAUUUCAUUCGAUUUGCUCCCCUCGGCAGGGGUCGGGCACACUUGCAUCCUUUGUGAAUCCGAUCCGAGAAUUCUGACAGCUCUCCCCCGCCCGGGAAUCGUUGCCGAGUCCUCAAAUGACCAAGGAGAGGAGCCAAGGCGAAGGGGUUCAGAAAUGUGUCAAGACAUGAAACCCGCCAGUUAAAGCAACGAGAAAGGCGGAAAUGUAUCAACAGUCAACCUGAGAAGCAGAAAGUUCAAACAAUAGUGAAGAUGGUGACUGGGCAGCUCGAUUCUGGUGAAAAAGAUUAUUGGUAGCAAUAGGGUUGCGCUCGGUGACCGGAUUCCUGUUCCAGUUGCGAUAGGAUUUUGUACUCUUCCCGUUCUUUCUUUCAGGAAGAAGACAGUGCUAUGAUAGCAACAGGGGGUGUAAUAACGGGGCUGGCAGCCCUGAAGAGACAGGACUCUGCUAGAUCACAGCAUCCUCAUCUUCCUCCUGCAUCCUCUGCUCCAGAGAAAAGGAGAGUCAAACGUAAGCCCAAGGCUGAUGUUGUUGUUGUAAGAGGCAAAAUCAGACUCUAUUCCCCCUCAGGAUUUUUCCUUUUCCUUGGAAUUUUAAUUUUGAUGGUUGGGAUCGCAAUGGCAGUUCUUGGUUAUUGGCCACAGGAGGUAGAUAAGAAACAUCCUGUAGCUUCCAAAUCUGGAAUGCCAGAUAAUGGGUCUCAUGUAAUAUCAGACCAUGCUGGAGUAUUAGUGGAAUUUUUUGAACAGCAUUUACACUCUGACAAAAUGAAAAUGAUUGGCCCUUUCACCAUGGGGAUAGGGAUAUUCAUAUUUAUUUGUGCUAAUGCCAUACUACAUGAAAAUAGGGACAAGGAAACAAAAGUGAUACAUAUGCAAGAUAUUUAUUCUACUGUCAUUGAUAUCCAUAGCCAAAGAAUUAAAGAGCAAAGACAUAUGAAUGGGGCUUGGAUUGGCCACUCUGGGGAUUCUGAUAUCAAAUGUUAUGACAACCAAUGUACUGCUAAACUGGCUGCAAAUGUAUUGCUGUCAUUUUCUGGAUCGUCUAAUGAUAGAAUCACUGCAACAAAAUGGAACUCUAAUGAAGAAGAGGAUGGACUACCCAAGGAAAUUAAUACACUUUUACACCCCAAAACCUCAACAGCAUCAGGGUCCAUCCAUAGGCUACAGACUGAAACUCAGAGAGAGAAAAGUAGCAAUUCUAAAAAGUGUGAGACUAAAUCUAUCGUUUCAUCAUCUAUCAAUGCUUUCACACUCCCUGUUAUUAAACUUAAUAACUGUGUAAUUGAUGAACCCGAACUUGACAAUAUCACAGAGGAUUCUGAACUCAGUAAAGGUAGGGUGAAACACUCAUCUAUGGCUUCCUUAACAGUACCAUCAACUGAUACCAGUGACUCCUACAAACCACCUAAUCCACGUCUGUUAAGAAGCAACACUACUGCAACAGGUGGAAACCCACCCAGUUCACCUUCUGAGACAUCCAUGGGAAUAUUUCUGUCACCAGGCCUUCCCAAGAAAGAGUUUGGAUCAAACACUUCCCUUCACAUUUUGUCCUGUCACUCAAAGUCCUUGGACUUGGAGAGAGGCCCCUUAACACUUGCAGUUCAAACAGAGCAAAGAAAGCAUCCAAGUUGGCCAAGGCUUGAUCGUAGUAACAACAAGGGUUAUGUGAAACUGGAAAAUAAAGAGGAUCCUAUGGACACACUGCCUGUACCACAGACCUCUGAAAAAGGUGGCUAUACAAAUAAAGAGAAGUUGCUAAUGAUCUCAAGAUCUCAUAAUAACCUAAGUUUUGAAAACAAUGAGUUUUUAGAUAAUAAGUUAAGACAUGGAGCUUCAGAAACAAGGUUUUGAAGGAGUACUGCUUUCUACCAUGUGUUUAUAUUUUAAGGCACUUUUAAGAAGUGUAUUUGUGAGAAGUGCAUGUCUAUUUUGAAGAGAGCUUAUUUUCAGUACAAAUAAGGAAUAUUUGUAGAUUGUGAUCUGAACUGGCAUCUUAAGUUCAAUGUUUUUUCCCAUGCUGGUCAGGAGCAUUGUUGACAUAUUUCACGCUGUGUCUGUCAGUUCUGCAUUAACCAGCUGCUCAGGUAUUGACUGAGUUCAAAUCUUAGUCUAGCCUGACAGUAACACCAGAACAACAUUUACCUUUAGUUUAUCCUCAAUCCAUGAUGGAUAGGCAGAACUUAUCUUUGAAGUGCAAGUGUAUUAAAUCUACAACAAGAAAGUAUUAUUCUAAUUAAGGUGUAUGAACAUUGAUUGAAUGAUAAAUUGAGAUGCAGGUAUUUGUAUUUCCAGUACAGAAUUUGAGCCUGUACAUUGACCAGA